CAAAUGCUACUCGUUAGCGAUUUUGCAUCCAAAAGGUUCUGAAAACGACCGUUUGGUGAAGUACAGUUCGAACCAGUUUCGACAGUCAGCACUCAUAAUUAUGGCAAAGGUGAGGAUUGCGUUCCGUACUGGUUAUGUGAAUGGGGGAAACUGAGAACAUCUUUCAAACAUUUGCCAAGCAUCUGGAACCGAAUUUCGACGUCUAAUCCGAUUAUUGGCACUCAAUGUUCGCCCGCCGACCCGGCCAUAUCAAGGCGUACAAGGUAGACUGAGUAGCUCUCAUGGAAUCAAAGAAUCUCUUGGACGCUCAAGGCAGCGUUCAACAACCCAUCGCCUAGCCCGGUGAUAGAGUUAGAAGCUAGAUAUAGCGUACCCUAUAACCGUCAAGCAACAGACCUAUACUCGUACCUAACCAACUGAUGAGCCCUGACGCCUGCUUACGAUACCAGACAUAGCGUAGCCAGUGCAGAACUCGCUUCACCUCAGCUCCUUCAGCAUUUGGCGCGAUCGUACACCAAGUGUACAUUGUUUUCGCGCAAUUGUCGUGUGGACAGUCAUGUUGCCGGCUUGCCACUUCAUUCGGUUCUUCAACGUUGGUCGACGCCGAACCGCGCUGGCUAGCAGCCGUGAACGCGACGUGAGUCGAAGGUCCAGAGCGCCGAUCAGAUGCAGCUCAAGUCAUGUAUAAAGCAAGCCUGGAUCGUUGAUGGCUUGAUGUGAUUGUAUAGUUAUUAUACCUGGUGUGACUGUGUGCUGCUGUACCGUAUACAUGUACAGUAGGUACAUGUCAUGAGGGUUUCAUCACGCAGUCUCCCGGAACCAACAAUGUCAAUGACCACGGGGCAUAGCCAUAGCAUAGGCGUCCACACAAAAUAGACGAGUGCCGGAAACUGCUUGGCUGGGUGUGUGUCCUUAUUAGAAAACCCUCCUGACUUCAUACCACAGCGUUGAAAAAGUUCGUGUAGUUUUACGCUGACACGUGGUCGUUGGGCUAACACUGUAAUAGUGUCUGUGCAGUGUGUGUCGACUACUCCAUGAUAGCAUACUAAUUAUUAUUAGUAGUAUGGUGGGUGUAGCUCCAGGCUAGACUGACAGCAGCGUGCAGAAGCACUGAUUCCAGCACACGCCUACUAUUGUAUUGUCCUAGAGAGUAGAGAGUCGGUGAAACCAACAGUCUUCUACAAAAGGCUUAAGGUCAGCAAGAACGAGGCUCGCCAGCACGGUUGGAUACAAUUACAACUGCUCCAUGUCGGUCUCGUAUAGCGGUACACAAUUCAGCUCAUCUCCCCGGGUCGAUCCUCGGGCCUACGCCUUGAUGGCAAGCAGUUCGUGUUGGAUUCGAGUGCCGGUGAUUGUAGUUCUGCUUGUGUUCUUUCUCGUCCCGUGGUCUUCAGCGCAGGCUCUCAGUCUGCAGGAGAUUCAAUCGCAGAAUGGACAGGGUCGUGUGAUGUGUGAGUGCACAACGGACGAAUGCAGGACGAAUUACCAGCUAGAAUGUGGUCCGGCCCGUUCCUGCAAAGCUGUGCUCAAGCAGCAGAGAGAAAACCUGCGGAUGCAGAUGAGUUCUUCUUGGCCGUUACUAGCUGUUGACGAAGGCACGCCAGAGCAUCAGCGACGGCAGAGAUCGCGUAUUGAGUACAGCUGCUUCAACCGACAACUGCCGCUAGUCUUGCCAGUGAGGUUAGGCGGAGAGUACUACUGCUCCGAUAAGAACUUCUGUGCUUCCAACUUCACAUUCCAAGAUCGCUCUUACAAUAAGGAACAAAGGCGCAGGUCGAAGAUCUCUGAGGUGCUCUGGAACGCUACAGCCCAGGGUUGGCCGCCCGGCAGCAUCUUCCCGGGACCUGGGAGCAUAGGACAGGAUUUUAUAGAAGCCCCCACAGGCACAGGUCGACACGGCACCACGGACUGCACCAUUUGCCUUGUUUCCCGGCACAGGGGAAUAUCCGGACACAAUUUGGUGAUAAUUGCCUCAGCCGUCUCCUCAACCGUCAGCAUCUUGCUUCUCAGCUGCACAGCUUUGAUUGCAUACUGCACGGUCCGACGGCAGCGUCUCCGGCAAGCAACGCAGCACCUACAUGAUGUGCAGCAGCAGCAGCACCAGCAGCAGCAGCGGAUUGAAUCAGACGUUAGAAGCGUCAUGACCAUUGAGACCCAUAUUGAAGCCGGGGAGUAUCACCAUGCUGGCGAAGCCACCCUGUCAUUAUAGCAGUCGACUAGACCAGCAGCAAACAGCCAACUGGAUUCCAUCAGCAGCUCUCUGUAGAAUAGGCAUGCAACGUCGUGUAUCACUGUGACCUGGUGACAGAAUCCCGUUCCUAUUCUGUGUUAUAAUGAGCAGGUAGACUUGAUCUCCACUUUGAACUCAUUUGCACUUGCAGCUACGUAUUAAAGGCCAGGUUAAGGGCUAGUUGUUUAGCAUGGUGACCGAACACGAUAAUUGCAAAGGACACCAGUCCGUACAGCACACACUUUUACAUUACCCUGUGAAGAUGUACAGUACAGUGUAUAGCUACAUUUGAUUGCCCCCUGGCAGACUAUGAGUUCGUGAUCUGUUCCAAUAUACAUCUACAUGUACAUGUACACUAUUUUCUGUACUGUGUACACUUACGGUACAUGUGUGUGAGCGCAUCCAUCUUAGCGAGUGUCUUCAUUUUUUUUAUUCUUUUUGUUAUUUAGUAACUACUUGACCCGAAUGUUGACUUGAAUAGGAUAUCUACAUUGUAGGUAUUUCGUUCCCUUCAAAGUGUACUUCUGAGUUAUCAAUAUACUUGUAGGUUAACCAGGGGAGCAAAUGUUCUUCUAGCACAAUGUCACAUUA